ACAAUGAAGCUGGAGUCCGGGUCAGGCAACGCCCCCGUCUCAUACACUGUCUCCAUUGACAACGCAUUCAUAAUACACCUGUCCGCGUCUCAUUACCUGUAAUCAAUUGACCAUACAUACCAGGUAGGUCGGAUUAGUAUCAGGCUGGUCAGUGUGUAACAGUAACAGGGAGAUGACGAAUCCCGACACCUCGGCGACCGGGGUACUCCAGCAAUGGGCGUCAACAGUCAUCAAUUUUUCUUCGCAGUAUGACUCGAAUGGGUGGCCGGCAAGUGCGGCAGUGGGGCCACCCCGGGUGUACCCCCGCUAUGGGGACAUUGAGGGGGCGUGGGCACAGAGGACACGCGACAAUAAACAGUUUAUUGAGCUGGGGUACGACACAGCCGUGCACGUGUCCGGCAUCAACAUCUACGAGACUCUCCACUCUGGUGGAGUGAAGAGGGUGUCUGUCAGAUCCCCCGGGGGCACGUGGGAGACGUUAUGGGAGACGGGAAAGGUAAAAGUGUUCCAGGAGAGCAGGAUAUUCUCCCCUGAUAUCAAGACCCCCAACUUCAGGACCAAGGAGGUGCGACUCGACGUCGACUGUUCUGUGGCACAGUCAUGGGUCGAGAUAGACGCCGUCGAGUUGGUGGGCAGAAAGUUAAAAUCUGAACCCCCACCCUCGUUGUCGGCGUUGGCUGAUGACUUUGCCAAACUCGUCAACGACAAGGACACCAGCGACGUCGUGUUCUGUGUCCAGGGCACAGAGGUCUACGGUCACCGCGCCAUCUUGUCGGUCAGGUCGCCGAAGUUGAAGGUCAUCAUGUCAGCAGCAUCGGAGAAAGGUGCAAUUCCUAUAGAACGUAUGAGUGCCUACGCCUUCAUUGGAGUCCUCCACUACGUGUACAGCGGCCGUAUCCCCGGCGACCAGACAGCAUACGUCUUGGUGGACGUGUGGAGAGCUGCGGCGAUACUUCAAAUGGAUGGCCUCCGAGCGUUGGCGGUGACGAUGAUCGACGCCAAAUUGGACACGGACAACGUCGUUGAUGUGUACGCCAACGCCAUCGCUAAAGAACCGAUUUCAGAUGAUAUUCGGGAAGUGUGCCUCGAGUUUUUGGCUUCAAAUCUGGCGUCCGUGUCCUUGACUCCUCAGUUCAAGCAGCUCCCCCAGGACUUGAUGCUGGAGAUCGUGCAGCUGUCCACAGCCAGACUCUCGCUCAGAUAAACCAGCUGCUGUCCACAGCCAGACUCUCGCUCAGAUGAACCAGCUGCUGUCCACAGCCAGACUCUCGCCCAGAUGAACCAGGUGCCGUCAUCUACCGCGCCAUGUUGACGUGACGUACGUGGCGCGAUGUCGUGGAGAGAACCGGCAUGAUUAGAGAUGCGAUUUCAUGCGAGAUUAAACUUACAAUAGGUGUGAAAACUAAAGUUGAACCCGCCGUCAAACCCUUACUCACUGUUGUGAAGAUAUGUUCCUUUUGGUAACAAACAACAUCUUCCCUAUUCUUAGUACUAGUGUUACAGCCCGGAGCAGUAACUAAUGUUUUAUUUUACUAGCAGAACUGACAUUUUUAUCAUGGAAGAUGGGUUUCCCCGAGCAGCCGGGUUCAAAGUUCGGCUGAGCCAAUAAAGGAUCUGGCACUCAUGUGUCAAAAUGAGAAAAGAAACGAAACAGCCUGUGACUCUAAAAUUUAUCUAACUUCCUCAUCUUUUUGGGGUUACAUGCAACCUAUGUUUGCCAUAAGAGGUGACUAAAUGGGUCGGGUAAUCAUCAUAUCCCUAUUGUGUGGAUUGAUGUUCAUGAUGUCAAUCACUCGAUCCUCUGGUGCAGACUCGAUUCUUUACAAAACGCCGUCCUCCUGCUGGAAUAUUGCAGAGUUCGGCGUCAAACAACAAACAAAACGUCAUUAAAGGGGAGUAACAGUGUCUGUUACUGGCGUACUGGCACAGAGGGUGAUCACAGAUGGUCAAGUCGUCUCAGGCGCCGCAAUUCGCUCUGCGGAGCUUUGUCCCUUAAACUUGCAAGAUUCCUUUGUUCGUGGGUUCAAUUCCCUGUUCACCCUGAUCAUGCUUCUAUUUUUGUCGGCACCAUUUCCGUGAUUGUGGGUUUAUCAAAGUGGAACAUGUCUUAGAACUGCUUCAACUUGGUGUUUCCUCCCACACCGUUUUACAACUGUUCAAAGUGGCGUUAAACCAAACUCACCCACUCACUAGCAUUUUUGAGUCAGUAAAUAUUCCACGAUUUAAUAAAUUGGUUCUAUUAACUCAUUCUGAUUUGGAAAAAAACCACCUCAACAAUAUUCACUAUGCAACAUGUAUUUUGUACAGUUUUAACAGUUCAAGAUAAUACAUUUUGUUUACGUUUCUAUACGUAUUUAUGAACGUUGAGUUCGGUUUAUAUGAUUUUACAUUGGGUAUGUGUUUUUACAUAAAUUGAAUUUU